AUGGUCCUACUGCAUAUUCUCCUGAUCGGACUGCUUUCAGGAACCGAGAGCAAGAAAUCUCAGAAGAAACCACUUGGCGACGGUCUCAUUGCGUUCACACCGAUCUCACUGAAUAGAGCUCGAUUUCUUAGUUAUCAACAUAGCCCAUUAAGGCGCUUACCAGCGAGAGGGGAAUCGAGGAAGCCAAUCGGUCCAGGUCAGCGCCUCUACUCAUUUGUGGAGAAGGUGUUCAUGGGAGUUGUCAUGAAAUAUCCAUUCAACGGAAGGAUUUUCGCCAGUCAUCGUGAAAAAGACCCGGAAUGUUUGCAGUACGUCACAGUGAGAACGCUUCCGAAGUUCUUAACGUCUCUACACGGUCAGUGUGGAGUGUGGAGUAAAACGGUCAGAUCUUCUUCUUACCCAACAUUUUCCUGUCUCCAUUUCUCUUACCCAUGCAGAGAGACAUUUCAGAACUCAGUUUCGUUGGUAACGGAGUUUCACCUUCGAAUAGUAGUCUCGUUCGGCUACGAGUACUUGACUGAAGAAGACAAAAUAUACGAUCUCACAUGUGCUUAUUCGCCAAAGAAUGUCUCCGUUGGGGCUUACUAUGACACGAUGUAG